UCAAGGAAACCAUUAGUAGCAACCCUGUGAUAAUCUGUUUGUGAAUGGAAAACGCCAAAAAUAACACCGUUUCAGGAUUUUCACUCUGGAGUAUAUAUUCUGCUGUUAACUGAUCGGAAUAAUUGUGUAUGGAGUAGGGCAAAGGAAUAUUCGCGGCUAAACUUUUAAGCGAUACGCGCUGUCAAGUGUAUCUACGGAUUUAUCGAUGACUGAGCUGGAGCCAUGUUCGGACUUCAGAGAUUGUAUUUAUGAAAAAAGAAUCACAACAACUGUGUAAACACCGUGGCGAAUUCGCCAACCAUUUGUUGGGUGCACGAUGUCGGCAAAAGUAACGGAUCGAAUCGAUCCUUUCUCCACCAAAGCGUCCAUUAAGUCUAAAAAGCAAAAACGUUCUCAGGGUUCAUCACAUUAUCGGACUAAAAAUGCACCAGAAUUACAGGCUUUGCCUCAUCUUAAAGAUACACCUCCGAGUGAUCAACAAGAUUUGUUUAUCAGAAAGCUUCAACAAUGUUGUGUUGUGUUUGAUUUUAUGGACCCGGUAUCCGAUUUAAAGAGUAAGGAAAUAAAACGGGCUUGCUUGAAUGAACUAGUAGACUACAUCACAGCAACACGCAAUGUUCUUUCAGAACCAACGUAUCCUGAGAUUGUUCGAAUGAUCGCAUGUAAUAUUUUUCGGACCCUUCCACCUAAUGACAAUCCUGACUUUGAUCCUGAGGAAGAUGAUCCGACACUUGAAGCAUCUUGGCCUCACUUACAGAUUGUUUAUGAAUUUUUUCUACGGUUUCUUGAAUCUCCAGACUUCCAGCCCAGUUUGGCUAAGAAAUACAUAGACCAAAAAUUUGUUCUUCAAUUAUUAGAAUUGUUUGACAGUGAAGAUCCACGGGAACGUGACUUUCUCAAAACAGUCUUGCACCGAAUUUAUGGCAAAUUCUUAGGACUUCGAGCUUUUAUUAGGAAACAGAUCAAUAAUAUUUUCCUCAGGUUUAUUUUUGAAACGGAGCAGUUUAAUGGUAUUGGAGAACUUCUAGAAAUACUAGGCAGCAUUAUCAACGGAUUUGCAUUACCUCUAAAGAUUGAGCACAAGCAGUUUCUGACCAAAGUGCUGAUUCCGCUGCAUAAGGCACGCAGCCUCAGCCUCUAUCAUGCCCAGCUUGCAUACUGUGUUGUUCAGUUUUUGGAAAAGGAUGCUGCUUUGACAGAAGAUGUCAUCAAAGGACUGCUGCACUUUUGGCCAAAAACGUGUAGUCAGAAAGAGGUGAUGUUCCUUGGUGAGAUUGAGGAGAUUCUUGAUGUGAUAGAGCCUACCCAGUUCCAGAAGGUGAUGGAACCUCUGUUCAAACAAAUAUCAAAGUGUGUGUCCAGUCCUCACUUCCAGGUGGCAGAACGUGCCCUUUACUACUGGAACAACGAGUACAUCAUGAGUUUGAUUGAGGAGAACUCGAACACGGUGUUGCCGAUCAUGUUUCCAGCCUUGUACAAGAUAUCCAAGGAGCAUUGGAACCAGACCAUUGUGGCGCUUGUCUACAAUGUCCUCAAGACGUUCAUGGAAAUGAAUAGUAAACUCUUUGACGAACUCACAGCUAAUUACAAAGCAGAAAGGCAAAAAGAGAAAAAGAAGGAGAAGGACCGAGAAGAGUUAUGGAGGAAGCUAGACAGGCUCGAGGUCAACCAUAGAGCAAAAAAAAUGAUAAAAACUUCCUAACACACCAGCUUGGCUUUACGUCUGUGUAUUGUGUGUGCAGCAGUGCGAUACUGUCACUCUGGUUCUGGCAUUCUGCUGUAGAUAACAUUACCCUGUGUGCCAAAGCAGAUUGCUGUUAUUGCUAGAUUGUCCUCCGCCUGUCAGUCUCUGCUGUGCACCCAAAACCAUCGCAGCCGAGCGGUGCGGACAUGUCAUAUUGUGGGUAGAUGUUUCCCAGAUUGGGAGUAACCAAAAAAUAAAAACGUGCAUUGUGA